CCUUCUUCCAUCUCUGCUUACCCACCUACCCCUUUCUUCGGUUGGUUGGCAGGUAGAAAAAAAAAAAAAGAGGGGGGGGGUCUUCUGUCUGGCGUGAACUGAAAUAACAGCUGUAGUAUUUUCUAAAUUUUCCCAAGAAAGGUAAUGUUUUCCGGCAGCGAGUGGCAUAUACAAAAAGCUAUUUUUAGGCUUUGCUUUCUAGAUUAAAAUUGUAGCUUGUAGCUAAUUUAAGAGUUAGAAGGAAAUAUCUUGGAUAAAUUCACACUUGAAUCUGAGCCUAAUUGCAUCUUAUAUUUGAAAAUGUACAUUUUUUGAACUGAAGCAUCAUGCUGAACUAGACCAUGGUCAUCGGAACAGCUUCCCUGUAGAAUUCUUGUUUGCCCUCAUGAUUGAAAAUUAUUUCCAAGAAAUGCAUGUUGAGAAUCUAAGAGUAUUUGUUGAGAUGGUUUAUAGGAGAGUUUCAGUGUUCGGGGGCCUCAAGAGGUAAUGCUGGUCCUUGCAGCUGGAGAGGAACGCAGCCGUCUGUCUUGGAGGGGGGCGGGCUUCAUGGAAAGGAGCGGGUUGUGCCUACCUCACGGUGCUGAGCUGAAUGACAGCAUGUCCCCGCACGUAGGAAUUGUCUAGGAUUUGACGGGUCUUCAUACUCUUUUCCCCCAGAUCUUCUCUAGUGUGAAAUACCAGUUAUUCUUACCAGGCAGAGAGGAUUCUAUCCUAGACUAAUGUCACUUCCAGGAGAGAGGUGUUUUGUUUGUUUGUAUUGUUGGUUUUUAACCUAGCCCUUAUCUUGCUGGUAAGGAACCAGGGUGGUUGUGUGUGGGAACUGCUGUGCUUUGACAUUUUUGAAUAUAUUAAGCUAACAACCCCAUGAUACACAGAUGAGGCAAGAAGCAUUUCCCAGAGAUGGGAUGGGAGGCUGAGAUCACACAGACAUUCCGUAUGGAGUCCAAAAUGAAAUUUAGGUCUUGCUGUGGGCAGACUAGGAACGCAGGCCAGGAGGACAUGGUUAGGGAGGGAGCAUUUAGAAGGUCAAGUCCCGAAACCACUUCUCCAUCCGUAACAUCCCCCAGAGCUGGCACCUUUGAACAGGCAAGUGCCAUUCUCCCCGUGAGAGGCCUUGUGAAGGUUCAGAGCCCAGCCCUGGAAGCACGAGCCUUACCGUCUGUAGCUGUGGCAGUUGUCCCUACUCUUUGCCCACUAGGGUGUUUUCUCACUGUGGCUUCUCUGCUGACACUUGAGCCCCCCGAGGCCAUGGUCUGCCGGCUCGUGUGUCUCUCGGCCUGUGCCGUCUCUACCGGCCUGUUCAGUGUGGUGCCCCCAGGAAUGCAGCGGUCUCCUCUCGCUCCACCUCCCUUGGCUUCAGUUGUCUUCAUGAGGAUGGCUUCUGAGCUCUGGGCCCGUGGACUGUCUCUGUCCUCAGUACGCGCAUCUACUGCAGGCCGGGUAUGGCUUCAGGUGCCGGGACCCCACUGCACAGGCGCCUCAACCGUCAUUCGUAGCUUAAGGAGUGAUCUCACCAGCUGGAAGCCACAAACUUGGGAGCCAUUCUAGAUUUCUUUCUCAUUUCUAGAAUCCAGUGCCCCUUCCAUUCCCAGCGCCUGCGCCUUAGUUCAGCCCCUUGUCUCUGACCUGGACUGUUGAGACUCUUCUCCAGCUGGUCUCUAAAAUUUCCUUGUGUGUCUUCAUACGGCCACAGCUGAAAACACGUCAGUCAUUCCCUAUUGCCCUCCAUGAAAAGCUUUUAAAUUUAGUGUGGCUCCCGAGGCUCUCCGUGAUCCAGCCUCUGAUGCCUUUGGCUGAACCUCCCAACCCCCUACCCUGCAUUUCCACCCUGACCCAACUACUCUCCGUCAUUACAGGCGCCCCCCCGCCCCCCCGCCCACUUCACUUGUUUUAUCCCGUUCUGUUGCGCCGACUACACUGAACCUCCUGGAGUCCCCCAGCAUUAUUCCAGGUGCACAGUAAGUGCUCUUUGUUGCUUAAUGAAUGAAGAAAUAAAAAGAGCUACCUUUUUUUUUUUUCUUUUUCCUGCAGGAUGGAGUAUUGUCACCAAAUGUCCCAAGUGGCUAACCCAGGGCCCUGGAGCACAGAAGUCACACAAAGUUUGCCGGGCCCAGGGAGAGCAGGUGUGUAACCUCCCAGUGUCUUCCCAGUGUGCCUCUCUCCUGCUGCCUCCUGGGCCAUGGCGUGGCCAGGGCAGCUGUCUGUCACUUUGCUAUGACUGGAAGCUGAGAGGGGAUGGUGUGGGAGAGGAAUCUGUACCCUGACUGGCCAGGGCUGCACUGCAGUUUUCUCCUCUAAGAUGCAGACUGGAGACCGUCCAAGUAUAUGCUGGAGAUGGAGCUCUGGGUAAUUAAUGCUGUUUCAGUAGUGUGAUUAAUUAGUCCUUGGUCUGCAGUGCACAUUGAGGGCAUGUGUCAAAUACUCAGGAAGUCUUUUGAGUGUGGCCAGGGAGUUGUUUCUGAUGCCCUGUCAUGCAUUAAACAGACUGACCUUUAGCCUGGAGGAUUACCCAAACUUUGCAGUAAAAAAAGAAUGCAUGCACAGGAGGGGAGGGAAUUUUUGUAACGCAAUGGCCAAAGAUUUGUCGGCAGCUUUAUAACGCCAAGUCCUCUGUUGCCAUGCUUUAAAAUGAGGGAUUUUUAGAACCCAGGGAAAGGUCAGUUGAGGGCUAAUGCCAGUUCUCAAUGAAAACCGGAUUGGUUGUUACAAAUUCAGCAUCGUAAAGGCAAAUAGUGACUCACUGGCUGAUUCAAACACGUGUCCUCCGGAAGCAUGGCCCCGGGUCUGCCCAGCGAUCCUCCGCAUCGCGGCUCCUCCGCUCCCGGCGCGGAGCAGCCUAAGCUCAAAUGCUGCAGCCCCGGCCGCUCUACGAGCCCCAACACCCUGGCAGCGGCGGCCUGCGCCCACGCCGGCCCGGGACCAUCAGCGACGGCAUCGCUGCCAGCCGGUUCUCGCUCUCGGCGAAACCAGGUCCCAUUUAGAAAAUAGCAUUAAAGGAACUUUGGAUUAAAUUAUGAAACCUUCAAGCUGGACACUAGUGACUGCCUGCAGGCGUUUCCGGGGGGAGGGCCCCGCCCUCCCCCACCCACCUCCCCGCCUUCCCCCACCCACCUCCCCGCCUCUGCGCCCGCCCGCGCACACGACCCCAGGCCAAGCCGGCCCGGCACCGAGCCCUCCCCUCCCCGGACGGCCUCCCCCAGGCCAGGGGGCGGUGCUGCGACGGCGCGGGGAGGGCCGCGGGGGCGGGGACGCCGGGCGGGGGCGGUGCGGCCCGGAGCGCCGGGAGCCGAGCGGCGGGCACCGGGGGCCGGCAUGGCGUGGCCCUGCAUCAGCCGCCUCUGCUGCCUGGCGCGGCGCUGGAACCAGCUGGACCGCUCCGACGUGGCAGUGCCGCUGACCCUGCACAGCUACUCGGACCUCGAGAGUGAGGAGCCGGGCCCAGGCGGCGCCGCUCCCCGCAGGGGCCCGUCCCCUGCAGGCGCCCGGGACCCCGGCCGGGACGUGCCGCUCACUCAGUACCAGCGGGACUUCGGCGUGUGGACGGCGCCCGCGGGGCCCAGAGAUGCUUCGCAGGGGCGCGGGUCGGGUGCGGGCGGCCGCAGGAACAAGCCCCCCGCGGCCCCUGGCCGGGGUGUCUACGUGCUCCCCAUCGGCGACGCGGACUCGGCCGCGGUAACCACGUCUUACAGACAGGAGUUCCAGGCCUGGACCGGAGUGAAGCCGCCGAGAUCCACAAAGGCAAGAGCCACCACAGUUCUCACAACCCACAGCUCCGGAUGGGACCGCAGCCCUGGGGGCGGCUUCCAGGCUCCUGAGGGGAGGAAGAAGUUCACCCCUAACCCAUCAGCCAUCUUUCAGGCUUCAGCUCCCCGGAUCCUCAAUGUGUGACCGGCCACAGCGGAGUCAGAACCCACUGCCACCAAGACGGGGCUGUCCUCGGCCACUCAGGGACUGGGGUGAGAUCCUGGGACUGUCCCUCUGCCGUCUGAGGGGAAGGGCCCGUCUUGCGUGGGCGCCACUCCUCCCCAGCUGCCCCCCAGGCUGUGGGCCUGGCGCAGAUGGACACUGGCACCACCCAGCUCGGCUUUGGGCCUGAACCAUCCUCUUGUUCCUCAACGACUGUACAGAAGGCUUCAGAUCUUUUUUUAAUUGCCUCUUUUGGCCACCCUUCAGUUUUGAAAUCUGAAGAACUUAAGGAUCAAUUCUGUUGUAAACUGAAUUGGUCUGUGCUGGCUGAGGAAUAUGGACAGGACAGGUGCUUGAAAGAACUAGUAAUGUCCACUUGGUUGUUUUCCCAGGCUGCAUGAGAACUUUGUAACCUAUGGUAACCCAAGGGACUGUCCUUGGAGAUGCCUACAAAUGGCCCCACGCAUUCAGGUUGAAGAAAUCUUGGGUUAUCCCCUGCACGUGACUUGAGUAACUAGGAUGUCAUUUCCAAAAGGAACAGAGUAUCAAUCAUAGGGUUUCAAUUUCAAAGACAUAAUUUGGGGCCCAGGUGACCCUAUCCUUAUGUUUUAACAAAAGGCUUCGUGUGAGAAGUGCUUUCAGUACUGAAUGAAUGACAUUGACCUUGUAGGUUGUAAGUACAACCACAUUUUAUUACUAAUUCCAGUUUUUUCCCUUACAGUUGACGACUAGAAGGGAACAGCAUACACACUGGCAAAGAACUGGGAGCUUUUUUGGGACGAAGUGGCAUUAGCCUCAUUCCCUGAAAGACUUUAAGUCCCGUUCUCUACACCUAGAUGACUCCCACCCUGCUCCCUCACUUACAGUGGGGCGAGCUCACUGUGAGGAGGCAGCUGUCGGCUUCGGGAAGCUGCCUCCUUUGCCGGUAAGUCCCAGCCCACGUGGCCACACGGCGUGAGCCUGGCCCAGUUUGCACAGCCGGCGGUCAGACAUGUGAAGGAGUUUCUGUCCCCGCUUAGAGAUUAGAGGCACAGGCUAAGGGCAGUUUUUGGUAAGGAAACUCAAGGAUUUCCCUGUGGCUCUUCCUCCCCGUCCAGCCCUCGCGCGCUGUCUGGCGAGCGUUUACCUAAGCCAUUUCCCAGCCCCUCAGACGUGGAGCGGGGCCGGUCCUCGGAGGGCUGGCUCUGGCUGGCACGGCCUUCCUCUUCAGCGCAGCAAAGCAAAUGCUCGGAAUCAUUUUAAAGGCAGAACCCCAACUAUGUGCUUACACAAAGGGUUCUGCUAUCUGACUUCAUUGGUUUGCAUGUUAGACGUUUCUAAGAGCAAAGAGACUGCCUGCUGCUGUGCAUUCCGUGGGAAAUGAGCAGAGUAACCGUACAAUCUCAGAUUUUACUAAAAUGCAAAAAUGCACUGUUACAAUUUCUUGUUAGCUCAUUUCUUUAAUUAUAAACCUGGAGCGCCUUCUCAUACGUCUUUAUCCUCCUCUGGACUUUGGGGGAUCAAGGCUAUUACUGGUUGCCCCUUGGAGGCUGACAAAUCCCAAGGUCUGUCCCUCCGGACUGCCACCCACAGUGGUGUCGGACGCAAUAGUCACAGGACACACCAACCUCCCCUCUCUCACGUGCACCGCCCCUCCGCACCCCCAAGGCUAGGGUGAAAAACCAUCUCUGAAGCUAGUCUUGGGCUUAAAUCCUGACUUCCCUACUCACUAGCUGCGAGCAGUUUCAGCUUCCAUUUCCUUCCCUGCAGAGUAAGAGUGGCUCAGAGAGUUCCUGUUUGUGGGCGGGGUGCUUAUUAGUACAGUGAAUGGCCAGCAGAACACAGGACAGUUGUCCCUUCCUGCCCAGGCCAGGGAGCCAGCUCUAUUCUCCUUUGCAGCUUUGGCCCAUCUGAUGCCACUGACACAGUCCCUCUCCCUAGACCCUGCCUGUGUCGCCCUUCCCUCCGCCACAGCGUGCAGACCAGACUGAAGGGCUGUACCUCAGCCCGAUACCACAGGCCCGCCUUUCCCGGCAGCCUUGGCACCUCAGCAGCGGGCGCACCCCCGCCUCACCUGGCCUGUCUCUGAAGGCAGACUGCUUGCCCAAGAGCCUUUCUGGAACGCACCAGAACGGACAGCUUUCCACAAAACCCCGAACUCAAUAAUCCUCGUUACCAGGCUUCAUUAUUAAUUAGGAGACUGGGGUUCUGAAGAAGGACCUGCCUCCCACCCAGUCUCCGUCUUGUAAAGCCCAACAUCACGUCACUGGAGUGGCCUUGCAAAGCAAUGGGACGACAGUCGCAAGUGUGUGGUACCAACCCACAUACGUCAUACACACAUAUAAAACGGAGAGAGGAAAAUGCAGCGCAUACUAACAGUGGUUAUCUUUGGGAAGGGGAAUUAUGGGUAACUUUAAAUUUUUUACACCUUACUAUAUUUGCCAAAGUUUCUAUAUAAUAAGCAUUUUUGUAUUAAUUCUGUAAAGAGCAAUGUUUUUAAAAUAAAAAGUUCAAUCUGUUAGCGAAUUUCGGCCAAAAGAAAGCGUUCAGUAUCUAUCAGUGAUUCCACAACCAGUGUUAGCCCUGCCAGCAGCCGCCUUGAGGAUGCGGCGUGAGGCCCAAGUGGAGGGGCCCCUGAAGUCCUCCCCUCCAGUCACGGAGACCAAGGUCCCGCCUCUGUGCUCCACGGGGCUUCAAAGCUUGGAAAAACCCAGCCCAAGUGGGACUACUUUCCUCGCUGUACUAACACCAGGAUUUUAGGCCAAACUCCAAAAGCAGCUUUUGAAACACUGUGACCCUGCAGCCCAACCUGGGCAGACGGGGGAACCUCCCCUGUAGUGGGGUCAAGUCCGCCAGCGCUGUUCACACAGGCUUCAGUCGCUAAGAGGGAGUCCCCAACUGAGGGUCUGCCUGUGACGUCAGUCUCUGUCCCGUGGCUCCAGUCAAAACUGUGGCUGAGGUCAACAUUCAGGAAAGGAGCCUAAGCAACACCCCUGUUCUUCCUCCGGACACUUCAGUUCCCUAAAGGCUGCGGCGAAGCCUGGUCCCAAGAAGGCCACGGACCUACGCUCUCUCAUGAAGCCUCAGCCCUGCAGAACUUCCUGCCUUUGAAGAACCAAAGCUUUCAAAGCCCUUAGUCUUGUUAAGGGGGCUAUAAAAAGUGGUCAUUUCUGCAGUGUUUCUGCAUCUUUGGUCAUUUUUGUUUUUAGCCGCUCUGCUAGCAGAUGGUCACAGCAGGACUGUGGCACAGGAGUAACUUCUUCCAGACCUCAGCAUAGACCGGUUCCAGCUUUCUGGACAGACCGGUGUGCUUUGUCAGACGACAGGAAUGGUUUCCCUCCUUGCCUGGACUUUGAGGAGGCUGUGAGCUCCAUUAGGUAGUUUUCCUUUGCCCCAACCUGUCAGAAAUCCUUAUUUCCAGGGUCAGUGUGCAUCUUCCAAAAUUUUUUUCGGACUUUUAUGUAACUGAAAUCCUUUAUCUUGCAUAGCUGCAAAUGCUUUUUGGAAAGAAGUGGCAGAAUUAAUGUAAACACACCAAUUACCUAUACUGCCCCAUCCCAGCUCCUCCUGACCUCACGGAAGAAGAACCUACCAAAGUAGUGCUUCGAACUCAGAAAAACCCAUCACAAAUACUAAAAGAUUUAUUGUAGAUUUCUGUUACACAAUUAUGUUACACAUUAUGAUACAAAUACAUUUGAAACAUUAACACAUAUGGGAACUGUUAAAUGAUUUAAUAUUUCUUUUGCAAAAAGAUAAUUUAGGCUUUCAUACCUGUAAUAAAUCAAUCUGUUCUCAUUUGGAUCAAAUCCUCCAUCCUGCAGAUCUGUCACAGUCCACUGCUGAAUAAAUCUAUGCACUUGCCCACUAACCUCGCUUGCAGUAGUUAAUGUAUAGAGUAUCUGAGCCUUUAUGUACUAAACUAUUUUUUUUACUAAGCCCGGGCAUGCCCGAUGCCUUACUGAACAGAUUUCCUUGUGCAUCUGCAAUCCUCAGAUGCUGAAUAAAGGGCAGAUCUCUUAGUCACCUCCCUGCCUUCUGCUCCUGACCCAAACGUCUACAGAACUCACGAAAACUUCAAUUAUGUUGAUUGGGUAAGUUUGAUUCACAGGCUUCAAAUUGCCUUCAAAUUGCAGAUUCCUGACAAAUCUCUCUCCUUUCCUUCGACACAGACUAUGUUAGGAAGAUUAGGACAGAGUAUCUAUAAUGGAACUGGGCAUCAUGCAGGGCCCUGCA